CGAGCUAGUCAUCAGUUAAAUUUUGCUCCACAACAGUAAAACAAUUACCAAACUACCAAACAAUCAAAAUGUUCAAAUACUUCGCUCUCGUCUUCGUCGCCCUCUUCGCCUUCGCCGCUGCCGAGCCUAAGCCCGCUGUCGUAGCAGCGCCUUUCGCCUACUCAGCUCCUCUGAUCGCCUCUCCCUACUCCGCUGCCUAUGCUGCCCCAUAUGCCGCUUACGCUGCCGCUCCCUAUGCCGCCUACGCUUCACCUUACGCUUCACCCUACGCCGCCUACUCCGCUUACCCAUACAACGCCGCCUAUGUGCUCCGCAAGUAAAUGGAAUGUAGCGGUUGAACUGUGAUAACACCAAAUUCGAUUUGAUUGGCAAUAAAAAGGACAACGUUUUUCAUAAAAAACUAAUGAUAAAUAAAAAACUUUAAACGAAAAUCAGA